CUUCAGUGCAGUGUCGCUCGUUGGAAUACAAGGUUGCGGUCUGGUCAAUACUUGGAUUGGUGCCCAAAUCUGACAAAAUACGUAAUUUUUUCACAAGACAUUUCGAAUAAUUUUAUUAUAGUAACACGUGUCUCAACUGAAACGAUGUUAAAUCGCGGAGAUACUACUGAAAUAUACUGUGUGUGUGUUUCGUAACUUCAAGUAUUUCUUACGUAAAGUGAAUAUUUUAUGUAUAAGUAACGGUGUUAAAUACUUGUUUUGUAGUGAAAACAGCUUUUACUUUUAAAAAUACAGUGAUGUUACAGGAUUUGAACACUGAAACACACUCAAAAUUAUUACGCAAUAAUAAUUAGCAACGAACAGAUGAAAACUAUCGACAUUGUACUGACGUUUGUAUUUUAUAAAAAAAUAUAUCGUGUUAAUUAAAUCGAAAUAUGAGAACUACAAUGUGGCAUAUAUGUAACUAUUAAUAAAGUAUGAAAAUCAUAAGGUGAAGAGUGUUCAAUUAUAUACACGUUUUAAUUUUGACAUCACUUAAAGAAAUUUUAACGAGUGAAUCUAAAAUUAGUUAUUAUAUGUGAGUAAAUUUUUUUUAUGGUGGUGCAAUAUUCGGUGAGAAACUCCAGAUAAAUCGUGUUUGCAGUAACAGCAUACACGCACAGAGAACGGGUGGACCUUAUCAACAGUUGCGCAACCAUCGAAGGGAUAUCAUCAGCGCUCAGAAUUGUGAUGCAAAGCUGAUGGUAUACCGACACGAUGCAGGGAGGAAAAAUCACGACGAAGGACAAGAACCCUGCAGAAGGAAAGUGUGAUAAAAAUACGACUCAGAAAGUAGAAUUCGUGGCUCCAGAUGGCGGUUGGGGGUGGAUCGUCGUAUUUGCAUUUGCUCUUUGCAACGUGAUAAUUGUUCCGAUUCUCCAGUCCUUUGGUUUACUGUUCAGGGAAAGAUUUGAAACUUUAGAAAUAUCUGGCACUGAUGCAUCCGUUAUUAUUAACGUAAACGCAGCGUUUGGAAUGAUACUUGGUCUUCUCACCGGAUAUUUACUCAGAAAUUUUGGUUACCGCAAGAUUUCUAUUGCUGGUGCAAUUAUAAAUUCAAUCGGAGUAAUUCUAACAAGCCAAGCUAAUUCAUUUGGUUUCUUCCUGUUCAGCUAUGGCAUCAUCUCAUCCGUAGGAUUCAAUCUUCUGGCUUCUGGUUUAAACCUUGCCAUCAACACCUAUUUCCGCGAGAGACGAGGCAAAGCUGUCGGAUUUGGGACUACGGCUAUGGGACUCGGCCCAGUGUUCAUGCCUCUAGUAAUCAGCAAGCUGAUGGAUGUAUACGGGAUUAUGGGUACAUCGCUUAUACUCGGAGGUCUGUCCUUGCAUUCGAUCGCGGGAGCUCUGCUCUUACAACCAGUGAAAUGGCAUAUGAAACCAAAGGAAACCACUCUAGCAGCGAUGGAAAAUGGGAACGAAGACGACGAAGCUGAGGAACGGAAAUCACUCCACAUCGACGAGCCGUCAAAACGACGUCGAACUCUAACGACAGGAUCGUCCAUCGACCAUGAUAUCGAUACUCAAUCUGUGUAUGGCUUCGAGACCCCUCUACCGGAACACCGGGUAACUGGAAGAAGAAGAUAUUCGAUGUCGUCUUUUAAAAGGAGCACAACGCACGUGAACGAUCCAAACACUCGACAGGCGGCCUCCGAAAUGAACUGGUGGGCUUCGGCGGCGUCUCUCGACACUGCGAACUUUGGAAGCAGCGUCAAGAUAGACGAUAAACCGUACGAACCACUGAGAGAAGCCGACGAAGACGACGAUAAGAGAAACAAGGAAAAGAAAAUCUCAGAGUCAGAUAUGCCCAACGUCAACUCCAAUGGAAUAGGGCUUAUGAACAAAAAUGCGAACACACAAAACGGUAAGAACUCCGCCAAGGAAAAGGAAGAUGACGAAUCAGAAAGAAAGGAAGACGAGAUAAGUUUCUGGAAAAGGAUUAGGAGAGGCAUUGUGGCAUUUUUCGACCUAGGACUUCUGAAAGACCCCAUAUACGUGAAUUUGAUGGUUGGCAUGUCUCUUGCAAUUUGCGCUGAACUAAACUUCAGUCUCCUAACACCUUUUAUUCUCAACGACAAAGGAUUCGACACCGAUCGCACUGCCAUCUUAAUGUCUAUAAUCGCUGGUCUCGACAUUGUGUUUCGGUUCUUCGCACCCUUCUUCAGUGACUACUACAAGAUAAAAGCUCGAGUCAUGUACAUUAUAGCAUUAAUUAUGCUUAUAUCUUCGAGAACAGCUUUAAUAUUCUCCCAGUCGUUCGAAGCUGUGAUAGCAGUGUCCGUGGCUCUAGGAGUGGCUAAAGGCGUUCGUACCGUUUACAUGACAAUAGUUAUCCCGAGCUACGUUCCAAUCGAACGCUUACCUGCAGCCUCUGGCAUUCAAAUGGUCGUCAAUGGAAUUCUCCUUAUGGCUUUCGGACCACUUACUGGUUUGAUACGAGAUGUGAGUGAAAGCUACGAUUUAUGUAUUGGCUUCAUAAACCUACUGACUUUCGUAACACUUUCAAUGUGGACUUUGGAGAUCGUAAUAACUCAUUAUAAACAAAGAAACCAGCAAAAUACAGAAGAUAGUGACUAGAACUUUGCAUAAAUUUUAGUAAUUUGUCUACGUGAUAAUCAACUAUGUUAAUGGCAAACGGAACACUGUGAUAAGCUGUAUGUGGAACCAAAUGAACACAGACCGUAAUUUAGUCUAAAAAAGAAGAAAAUGAAAAUUUCCCAGCAUGGAUUUUAAGGAAAUGAAACUUAAAUCAAGCCAGUAACAAAUUUAACCCAUGAUGACGACAUUUUCAGAAGGACUAGCAAAGAAGGAUUAAUGCCCGUUAAAGUGAUUAAUAUGUGACGAAAAAUUUUGAAUUUGAGACUCUGAUGACGCACGGUUGAUGACAUUACCUGCCGAAACGUCAGCAUGAAGUGGUACUUAGUUAAGCACCUUUGACAACUUCAUUACAAAUAUAAUAUACCAUAAUAAUAAAAUGGUACUUACCUUCAUUAACUUUUAUUCUUCACGUGAAUUAGUGAAGCGCUGUUAUUAGAAUCAAUGACGUGUCUUAAAUACGGAAAUCUGACACGGAUAAUAAAUAUCGGGCAGAAAACCUUAAAGUAAGAUACAAUCGGGAUGCGAGGAUAAUAUUAAAAAAGAUCUUGGAGAAACGGCGUGAAUAUGUCGAUCUAGUAAUGGACUUCAUAUAUAGAGUUUUAGGUUAGGUUCUCGUGUAUGGUCUUGGCGUGGUGACGAGAGGAGAGACAAAUAUAAAUAUGAUCUAUUUAUUUUCUUUGUCUUCUUAAUAAAUAGCACGGAAUGCGAGGAUAAUAUUAAAAAAAGAUCUUGGAGAAACGGCGUGAAUAUGUCGAUCUAGUAAUGGACUUCAUAUAUAGAGUUUUAGGUUAGGUUCUCGUGUAUGGUCUUGGCGUGGUGACGAGAGGAGAGACAAAUAUAAAUAUGAUCUAUUUAUUUUCUUUGUCUUCUUAAUAGAAUAGCACGGAAUUCGAGGAUAAUAUUAAAAAAGAUCUUGGAGAAACGGCGUGAAUAUGUCGAUCUAGUAAUGGACUUCAUAUAUAGAGUUUUAGGUUAGGUUCUCGUGUAUGGUCUUGGCAUGGUGACGAGAGGAGAGACAAAUAUAAAUAUGAUCUAUUUAUUUUCUUUGUCUUCUUAAUAGAAUAGCAUAACUUAAACCUUAAUUUCCUAUAAAAAAACGAAUUUAUAAACUCUACUGAAAAGUCUCUCCAGUUCGAUAUAAUUUCUAUAUCUUCAUCGGAUGACGCAGAAGUGGACAAACUUGUAAUUCCAAGAAUUUAAAUCCAUGAUGUCGGUACUUAUUGCGAUCAGAUGGGCUGUCUAGUACUUUUAAGCGUCUUUUUAAAACAUUACUGUAAAAUCUUUUAAGUUGAAGUAUUAAUUGUUACAAACUCUAAUAAAAAACUAUUUAUAGUAUUUCCAUAGCGAGUUAAUAUUGUACAUAUUAAUUUUAUAUUAAAUAAAUUGGUAAAUAUUUAUCAGUAAAAAUAAUAGUUAUGGUACGAACGAUGAUACGAAUUGUUGGGUUUCUGGACUUUGUCCAAUGUCCAAUCCAGAUUUUAUUAAACCAUCAGAACCCUUCAGAAUCGUCAAAUAAUGAUGUUUCUACUGAUGAAGAAGAAGAAGAAGAAUAGGCCAGUAAUAAUAAGAAGCAGAAAAAGUCGACAAAAAUGUACAUUAAAAUUCCCGUUACAAAAUACAAGAAAACUAAAUUAUAAAAAAAAUAUAUCAGAAGCAAAUAUAUUACUACUAUGGAUCAACCGGAUGAAAAAUAAGCCAAAAUAAAAUUUCAAAACUAUUUUACGCUCUACAUGACGAAAAUCACCACAGAACUACAAACAUGACCGUCAUUAAUGACAUUAUAAAGUGUCUUGUUUUUAUCCAGGCACAGUGCUUCAGAAACUGAAUAUACUUCAAUCCUCGCAUUUUAAAAUUUUUUUUGCAGAGGUAAGUCUUCGACUUGGCUGAGCCCUUAGAAUUAUCACUCGACGAAAGAAUUUUAACAAUCGUAUAUAUUCAUGACUGCUCGUUCAAUGGGCCGAAGCGAUUAUAACUUUUCUCUAGCCCUUUUAUACAUUUAUAGACAGAAAUUUGUGCAGUUUUUGAAAUUCUGUGUUAGGAUAACACCAAGAUGACGUAUAACGUCCAUGAUAAUAGUCACGCUUAAUUUGACCCAACUACAAAACAAAUUAAAUUAUAAUAGAACUGUUAGAAAAUUGAUUAUAUCAGAACCAGACAGGGAGCAGUGAAUAAUUGUUUUAUACGUCGUAACAAGAUUGAAAAAUACGUAUCUGAAGAGGUACACAGGUUUUACGAAGUUAACUUCGUUAUUUUACGUAAAUAAUUUCGACGACGAAGGUAAAGAAACAGGAACAUAAAUUACAAUUCUUUCUCCUGUAUUUUGUUCAAUAAACAUUAUAUUUAAAAAUA